AAAUUGAGAGAUCGCCAAUAUACCAUCGAAGAAGAAGAAUGCUACAAACCAAAAACACUGUAGGCGCGUGUGGUGUCCAGGCCAAUGCAAAUGCUAAUCUAAACAAAGAUGGCGGCCUGUGUCAUUCGUCGGACCUUGUUGUCCACGGUUAAUAAAUAUAAUAGAAAACACGCCAUCAGUGUACUAAAUGUCGAUUUAAACAGUAGACAAACUCCGAAUAUGACGCGUUUAUCAUGUAGCUUGUUCAACGUCCAACAGAAACGGCUGAUGUCGUCAAGGCCAGAGGGGAAGGUGCUGGAGACAGUAGGAGUGUUUGAGGCUCCCAAACAGCAGGGGAAAUAUGAAACAGGACAGUUAUUCUUGCACAGUGUGUUUGGCUACAGAGGGAUCGUUCUCUUCCCCUGGCACGCCCGACUCUACGACCGCGACGUCAUUCCUGCGACGGAGAGCAAGCCUACGGAACCCCCUGGGGCACACCGGUCCAAAGAGGUGAAAGGGAAAACUCACACAUACUAUCAGGUUCUGAUAGACACCAGGGACUGUCCCCACAUUUCUCAGAGAUCACAGACUGAGGCGGUGACGUUUCUGGCCAAUCACGAUGACAGCAGGGCGCUUUAUGCCAUUCCAGGGCUGGACUAUGUGAGUCAUGAAGACAUCCUGCCCUACAACUCCACAGACCAGGUCCCCAUUCAGCAUGAGCUGUUUGAGCGUUUCCUCCAGUUCAAUGCCUCCAAAGUUCCCCCAUUCAUACCACGGGACACGCUGCAGGCGUGGCAGGAGAAGAACCACCCGUGGCUGGAGCUGUCGGACGUGCACCGCGAGACCACUGAGAACAUCCGCGUUACUGUUAUUCCCUUCUACAUGGGCAUGAGGGAAGCCCAGAAUUCCCACGUAUAUUGGUGGCGGUACUGUAUCCGUCUGGAGAACAUGGGGGAGGAGGUGGUGCAACUGAGGGAGAGACACUGGAGGAUCUUCAGCCUCUCAGGCACCCUGGAGACGGUCCGUGGCAGAGGAGUGGUGGGACGGGAGCCAGUGUUGUCCGAAGAGCAGCCUGCCUUCCAGUACAGCAGUCACGUCUCACUGCAGGCACCCAGCGGGCACAUGUGGGGGACUUUUACUUGCCAACGGGCUCAUGGCGGCGCCAUGUUCGAGGUGGCCAUCCCCUCCUUCUCACUGGAGAGCCACGGCCGUAGGGACAGCCCCUACUCCUUCCUCUUCUGAGGGAGGGGGGGGGAAAGAAAGAGAGACUGUCUGCUGGGAGAGACUGACUGCUACAUAGGCUGCCAAUACUGGCUCUUCUUCUUUAUGGUGGAAAUGGUCCCCCCCCCCCCCCCCCCCCCCCCCACAUUUGUAUUUGAUCUCUUCUCCUCAGGGACUUUAUUUACGCUUUCACCUUUAAGGCAAUCCUUUAUGCAUGCAGCCAGAGGUCCGAUAUUAGACAAGUUACACACCUCACACUGAGGUUGUGUAAAGCGGUUAAAGACAUGCGGUGGCACAUUGGCGACUAAGUAUUUUAAUUGUUUUGUACCUCACACUUUGGGCUGGAUGUCUCAAUGUAUAAGUCAUCCCUGUAUAAUCAAUGCACAGAAUUACUGUCUUACCUCAAUUAGCCACGAAAUCCUGAGUUUGAAAGAGCUGAUCUUCCAGAAAAACAUUUUCCCCCACGUGGGCCAGCCCCCUAACAAUUUGAGUUCUAGCCAAUGAGCUUCAGCCCCUCGCCAGAGUGUUGCUAUUUGAGUGACGGCUAGCAAGAUGUACAUACAGCCGAGUGUGAGGGAGAAAAGACGAGGUGCACAUGGUGCCUUCAGAAAGUAUUCACACCCCUUGACUUUAACUAGGCAAGUCAGUUUAAAACUUAAAAUGACGGCCAAACCCGGAUGAUGCUGGGCCAAUUUGUGCACCGCCCUAUGGGACACCCAAUCACGGCCGGCUGUGAUACAGCCUGGAUUUGAACCAGGGACUAGUGACGUCUCUUGCCCUGAGAUGCAGUGCCUUAAACAACUGUGCCACUCAGUACAGAGAUGGGGUAGUCAUUUACACUGAAAUUUGUUCAAAGAUUUUCCUGAGUGACAGUUCAUUUAAAGGAAAUCAGUCAAUGGAAAUGAAUGUAUUAGGCCCUAAUCUAUGGAUUUCACAUGACUGGGAAUACAGAUUGGUUGUGCAAACCCACAGUUCCAUCAGCUGUCUGGGUGGCAGGUCUCAGAUGAAUCCUACUGGUGAAGAAGCCGGAUGUGGAGGUCCUGGGCAGGCGUGGUUAUUCAUGGUCUGCGGUUGUGAGGCCAGUUGGACGUAAUGCCAAAUUCUCUAAAAUGACGGAGGCGGCUUAUGGUAGAGAAAUUCUGGAAACUGGUCUGGUGGCUAUUCCUGCUGUCAGCAUGCAAAUUGCAGAUGUGGCAUUGUGUUGGGUGACAACUGCACAUUUUAGUGUGUUAUUGGCCCCAGCACAAGGUGCACCUGUGUAAUGAUCAUGCUGCUUAAUCAGCUUCUUGAUGUGCAACACCAGUCAGGUGGAUGGAUUAUCUUGGCAACGGAGAAAUGCUCACUAACCGGAAUGUAAACGACAUUUGAGAGAGAAAUUAUCUGGGAUCUUUUAUUUCAGCUCAUGAAACAUGGGAUCAGCAAUUUUACAUGUUGCAUUUAUAUUUUUGUUUAGUAUAAAAAUUGUGUUAAGCACAGAGUGAGUCUUGUAACUUAUCAUGUGACUUGUUAAGCACAUUUUUACUCCUGAAUUUAUGCAGGCAUAACAUAACAAGGGUUGAAUACUUAUUGACUCAAGACAUUUCAGCUUUUCAUAAAAAAAUAUGUAAUUCCACUUUGACAUUGUGUGUAGGUCAGUGACACAAUCUCAAUUUAAUCAAAUUCAGUCAAAACAUUGUAAAACAAUGUGGAGAAAGUCCAGGGCUGUGACUACUUUCUGAAGACGCUGUCGUUGCUUACCUUAUUAUACGCUACUACUCAGACUUUUUUAAAUGAUGUUUAGAAUUUAUGGUUUUCAUUUAAAAGAUUCAUACCACACUUUUUUUGUUUUAACACUCGAAUCACUUCUACAUUAGCUCUGUUUACAUAUAUCUAGCAUAUAUGAACUUUUUUUUUUAGCUUUUCAACUAUUUUAUUUCACUAACUACAAUUUUGGACAAGGUGAGCACACUUUCAAUUUAUUUUCUGUUCCUUCAGUGGGCCUCCUUUACCUCUGUAACCUGACUCUCUCACUGUGACUACUUGACUCCUGCAGUAUACUCUCCAACAUCUAUUUUAACAGUAAAAAUAUAUUUCUUGCUCAGUGAUAUUAAAGCUGGAGUUCUUAAUAGUGAAACUGUCACAUCUGCCUGAUAUUACAACAAAGUUACUGCAAACAGCCUCACCUCUCCGGACAUCAUUGCACGUGCAAUAGAACACUACUGUAUGUAGACUUUAUUUAUUUAUUUAUUUUUAACAAUGGCCGUGGGGCGGACAGUGGUGCUGUUUCACCAUACUGCGAAUUCUAUCUUUAAGAUGGUUAAGAACCAAUGGAAAGAAAUGCGUUUGAGAACUAUAGCUGUUUUAAAAUUGUAUGUGAUGUUUGCAGCAUGGGAGUACAUGUGGCUGCAUCCUGUUACAUGGGAAAUUGCCUCUACACUUUGAAUGUCAUCAGGGAUAAUUAAUUGACCGUGCUGACAGUCUGUAUUAGGUAAUAGUUAUCUCGGAAACUAUUCGGAAUCAUCCAUGAGUGCUGGCCUCCGGGCAACUUUUCGUACAUCUGCCCACAAGAAAUUAAGAAAUAGUCUGAAUAUUUUAAAGGGUCACAGUGAGAAAACAUUACAUGAUGUUAUCAAGUACCCAGAGCACUUAUAAACUUAACUAGUGUUUUAAAUAGACAUUUGUUCUUAUGACUUGGGUGAUGUGGGCAGUUUGACUACCCUUCUAGGUUACAGCUUGUAGGGUAUGCGACUGGUUCAAAGCCUCCAGUACGCUCACACCAUUUUUAUCUGGUAACUGUUGUACACUGCAGUGUAACAAGACAAAUAUUAGAUGCCUUUUAAAAACUGGUGUUAUGUAUUUAUUUUCAUAUUUAAUUUGCAAAAAAAUUCAUUAAAAAUCCUACAAUGUGA